AUGGCUCCACCAAUUGAGACCCCAAACAAGGUUCAUUCCUCGAAUUAUACCUCACCUCCACCUCUUAAUGAGAGGAUCCUUUCAUCCUUGACAAGGAGAUCUGUUGCUGCACACCCUUGGCAUGAUCUUGAAAUAGGCCCUGAAGCUCCCAAGAUCUUCAACUGUGUGGUUGAAAUCGGGAAAGGAAACAAGGUGAAAUAUGAACUUGACAAAAAAACUGGACUUAUUAAGGUUGACCGCGUGCUGUACUCAUCAGUUGUGUAUCCUCACAAUUAUGGGUUUGUCCCCCGCACUAUUUGUGAGGAUGGUGAUCCCAUCGAUGUCUUGGUCAUUAUGCAGGAGCCAGUUCUUCCAGGUUGCUUUCUUCGGGCCAAAGCUAUUGGACUCAUGCCUAUGAUUGAUCAGGGUGAGAAAGAUGACAAGAUAAUUGCUGUCUGUGCUGAUGAUCCCGAAUAUAGGCAUUUCAAUGAUAUCAAGGAGCUCCCUCCACAUCGUUUAGCUGAAAUUCGUCGGUUUUUUGAAGAUUACAAGAAGAACGAGAACAAGGAAGUUGCAGUGAAUGACUUCCUCCCUGCCUCAUCUGCCUAUGAAGCGAUCGAGCAUUCCAUGACCUUGUAUGCGGACUACGUCGUGGAGAGCUUGAGGCGGUAG